AUGGCACCUCUACGAUGUGCUCAUAGCUUCUGCUCGGCGCGCGCCUUUGUCCAGCUCGCAAAGAGACGCUAUGCCACCGCGGCCGCGGCGUCCACGACGACGGGCUGCCUCGAGUUUCUCGCGCCCCGGACGCUGCUAGCCUCGCCACCUCGGCUGGCCAACGGCACAGCUCGGUCGCUUGUAAGACGAAGCGCCGCACCUCUCGCAGCGCCGACGACGAUGCCUAGGCGAACGUUUUCCGCCUCGGCGGCUCGGAGAGCAACGGUGUGCGUGCAGAAUCCGGUCAAGGACGAGGACGGCAACGAGAUGAAGCUUGAGAUAACCACUCGCGCGGCCAAGCGACUUUCAGAGAUCAUGGCCAAAGACUCGAAUCCCAACCUCGCGCUGCGGAUCCAAGUCGAAAGUGGCGGUUGCCACGGCUUCCAAUACCUGAUGAGCCUCAUCACGAUACCCCAAAAGGACGCCGCGGAUUCCGCUACUGCAGUCGGCGAGGACGACUCCAUCUUUCAGUAUAUCGGCGAAGACCCCGCCGUGGGCAGCAAGUACGACGGCGCCCGGAUCAUUCUCGACGAGCCCUCACUCGACCUGCUCAAAGGCAGCAAGGUCGACUUUACAAUGGAGCUAAUCGGCUCGCAAUUCAAGAUUGUGGACAAUCCUCUGGCAACGAGUAGCUGCGGCUGCGGAACGAGCUUUGACAUUAAGAUGUAG